ACGUCAACGCGUCACCAAAACACCGGAAUAUUAAGCUUCUUGAAAUGGCGAUACUAACUCACAUACUUAUCUUUGCACUCACAUCACAAGCUGUCGUCUUUGCACAGGAUAAUUAUGGCACCCCAGAAUCCCCAUUAUUGAGGCCAUCGGCAAACCUUCGAUUUAGUCCAGGAUUCUCCAGCACACUUGGAUCAUCUGCUGGCUUCUCAUCUUCAUCAGGAUUAUCUUCAGGAUUCUCCCCUUCAUUAGGAUCAUCUUCAGGAUUCUCAAGCUCAGUAGGAUCAUCUUCAGGCUUUUCAUCUUCAGCAGGAACCUCAUCAAACAAUAUCUUUAUCGAAGACUUUUCUCCAAUCUCAAGUCCAGGAUCCUCCCCCAGCUCAGUGAGCUUAUCAAACUCUCUGACAUCCUCUACAUUCUCUCAGGCAUCAGGAACUCCUCCGACUACAACCUCUGCCUCCAGAUCAGCAAUCAACCCAUCCAGAUUUAACCCUGUUUCUGAUCCUCAGCCAUCAUUUGCCCGUCAAACAUCUUCCAGACUUCCAGCUCUUCCAGCUGCUUCAGCUAACACAGGAGAUAUUACUGGAGGAAUUGAUUUCAGCAAGGCAACUAGAACUCCUGAUGGCAGACUUUGCGUUAUUAAGGAGGAAAGUGUUGAGACAGUAUCUAAGGAUCCUAUCCUAGCCUGUACCCAUAAGAACCUGGAGAAGUGUCACUACACCUAUGUCACAUAUUUCCGACCUGCUCAGGAGGAGGUAUGUGAGGAGAAUUUUGAGAAGAGAUGUCAAAUCACGUUCAGACAGGAGGCUACCAAGGAAACUAUCAGAAAAUGCUACAAGCCCCAGGAGAAGGUCUGUAACGGUCAAGGAGAAGAAGAAUGUAGAACUGUUUACGAAUCAUCUUGCUCAACCAAGUAUAUUGAGAAGACCCCUGGGAAGUUUAUCGGAGACACUUCUUGUGAAAAACUUCCCGUAGAGAUUUGUGGACGAGGAUGCGUGAAUAGAGAAGGAGCAGAAGAAUGCCAUAACAAGGAGAUUGAUACUCUUGUAGAUAUUCCUGAAGAGGUUUGUGAUCUCAACCCACAAAAGACAUGCAGGCUUCAGACAAAACUGGUUCCUAGCUUGAAACCCAAACAAGAAUGUACAACUGUACCUCAGGAAACAUGCACAUUAAACUUCAGUCAGCCUAAGAGAGGAAAGAAGCCCCUGCGUACAGAAUGGUGCCUGGAUACAGAAACAGCCGCAGCAGCUGAUCCUAUUGCGCAGUACAGUAGAAACGGAAACCAGUUCUAAAGUACACUACAAUCCAGUUUUAGAGUAUACUAGAAACCAGUUCUGGAGUACACUAGAAACCAGUUCUGGAGUACAAUAUAAACCAGUUCUAGAGUACACUACAAACCAGUUCUAGAGUACACUACAAACCAGUUCUGGAGUACACUAGAAACCAGUUCUAGAGUACAAUAGAAACCAGUUCUAGAGUACACUAGAAACCAGUUCUAGAGUACACUAGAAACAAGUUCUAGAGUAUACUAGAAACCAGUUCUAUAGUAUACUAGAAACCAGUUCUAGAGUACACUAGAAACCAGUUCUAGAGUACGCUAGAAACCAGUUCUAGAGUACACUAGAAACCAGUUCUAGAGUAUAGCGAAAACCAUGGUUCUAGAAUGAAAAAAAACCCAGUCAACCAAGAUUUGCUAGAACAUUUAAACAGCAUUUAUUUAAAUUGUGGAUUUGUUAUGAAAUCUUUAGAAAAAUCUUGGUUUGAUUGAGAGCAAGUCUGUUGUUACCAAAUAUCAAACAAAAAUGGGCAUUAUUAUUUUAUGAUUGAAAUUAGUUCAAGGCAUUAUAAUCAUGAAUUUAUUUCUGUUCAUUCCAUAAGAUUAUGAAUUAAUUUAUUUUUUUCGUAUCUA